CGACGAUGGAAGUUGGAGAUCUUUCGUGAUCUGCGGUGCGAUGGCGUCAGCAGCAGGCAGCCGGACCAUCGCUGAUGCGCUCCGCAGGUGUAAUUCCCGCGACAUUCUGGACAUGUCAUGCCGUGAGCCCGUCACCAACUCGCCCUUCGGCCACACGGCAGUGACCAAGCUGGAGAUCUUCAGGCGGAUUCGGCAGCUGGGGAUGAGGAAUGUGGCAGCUCUUGCCUGGUAUGACGACUACUCUCCGGUGGAGGACCAAUUCCUCGAGCUGCUGGUGGCCGAGGAACCUCUGUUGAAUGGGAUCGUCGUCAUGUUCCCGACAGGUGCGCACACACGAUUUCAUUGCAUUGCGGUGAUCGAGCCUUCUCAUUACGUCUUGUGGUGUCUGUCUGCAGGUGACCAGUCCGCGCUCGCCAAGCUGCGGGCAUCGUCCAUCCCCAACGUGUUCAUCGACGUCUACCUCUCACCCCGCAAUCAGCGCGGCGCUGUUGACGCAUCGUCCGGCCCCCAGACCCACCUGCAGCAGACCCUCCAGUCGAUUCUGGAGCACUUCAAGGCCAUCAGCGGGCAGCGGCAGCCACCUCCAAAUUGUGGUGUGAACCUUGAUUGGAAGUACCGCUACCACAUCUACGUCAACCUGGUGGAUCUAUGCGAUGCGCCCAUCGGCACGCCGGCCACUGAUGCCGUUAUCGCCUACCUCAAGCAUGCCAACAUCCCCAACGUGACGCACAUCUGCUUUGAGGAGUUCAGGGGCGACUGGACGCACGAGAAAUACGGCGAGGUGGCGGCCUUACUCAGGUGAAGUCUCAGACGAGGCAGCACGACUGACUGAUGGAUUGAAGGCUUCUUGUUUGUCUCCAUUCAGGUCACAUUUCCCUCGCGGCCGCUAUAAGCUGCUCGUCCACGCCCACGCUGGCGCAGUGGCCAACGACACGGGCGCGUGCACUUUGGAAGCUGUCAAGCACGGGGCGGACGGCAUCUGGUCGGCCUUUUUGCCCGACGCCGCCCAGGUUGGCCACAACGCCUCCAUUCGUUUCCUCAGUGACCUCUGGCGCUUCGACCAUCCCACUGUGGAUCACUUCUACUCAUUCGACAAAGUGAGCAGACACACACGGGCAAAGAUCGCUGAGCACUUUGGUGUGAAUUUGGUGCUUCAGAUGAUCCCACUGGCCCGCGAGCUCCAUGAGCUGAGCUUUCCGGGCGUCCCUAUCGAUCCGCGGUGCCCCAUCUACGGCGCCCAUGCGGCUGCCUGGGUCAAUCAGGCCUUCAGACACCAGGACAACUCGCCACACGCGUUCCCGGCCGAAGCGGUGGGCCACAUGCACGUUGAAGUAAUAGCACACGACACGAUUGUGCCUGUCUGCUGUGCAUUUUUGUGUCAGUUUGGCGGCUUUAAUCGAUCGCGGAUCGCUCCAAUGAUCUCCGACGACACCACAAUUGCCGGGCGAGUGGGCGAGGUGGUCGGCACGUCUUUUACCGGGCUGCCACUCGAGAGGCAGCAAGAGGUCGCUCGACGGAUACGUCGGUGUAUGCACGCCGUGCUGGCUGAUGGGCGACGCUAUGACUUCGAUCAUCCCGAGAUCGUCAAGUGGAUCUAUCAACACGUAUGUGACAACUGACAGGCCAUCAAGUCGAGCUUGUACCUCCUGUGGUGUCUUUCAGGUCUCUUUGCUGCGUGCUGAUGAGGAAGUUGCAGCUCCAUCGGCGCAGACAGAGCCUUUGCCGGCGAUCCGCGACUCGCAGCCAGUGCCUGCGACUCAAAGGUGACGAUGAGAGUGGCGAAUUGCUUCAUCCGAGUGAAUACAUCGCCUAUGUUCUUGUCAGGGUCCCUAGUGUUCCGUUGGCGUCGGACGGUGACCAUACGGACAUCGACACGGCCAUGGCUGGUGAACAGAAUAUAGAGAUCGCUCCGCAAACAAACAGGUGAGCAAACACAGUCCUCGUCACUGCACGUCCAUCAUCUCACGCUCAUGCCCCUUUCUCAGGUCAUCUGACGCAUCCGCGGAAGACGGAGAUGCAUCUGCGACACAUCUGGCCUCGCCCUCAUCCCAGCGGCGGCCACUUGCGGGUCUGCAGAGAAUCGGCACCAUCGAGCUGGGCGGCAAUCCUGAAGAGAAUCGUGCAGCGGUGGACAGACUGCGGGUAACUCAGCAGCACUAGAUGCACGGGCCAGAGAAUUCAAGCUUGCAUGUGACCUCACCGUGUGUGUGUGUGUGCUGUUCCUGUGUGCUGUAGGAUGUCCUCACAUCGCGUGGCUGCCGGCGAUCUCUCACUCAGCUGGUGGUGGCGAUGAGCUUCUGCCGCAUCAACAGCAGUGUCCUUCCCGUCUUGCAGUCCGUCGAGUCGCUGCACAGCUCGUGCUGCCGAGCCGACGCCGAUGUCGUCUUCGAGGCCCGACGUGUGGAGAGUUUCGACCUGUCGCUCUUCUACAGCGACGACUUUCCCCACAGCCCCUCCCCCCUCUUCAUGAUGGCCAUGCAGGCGGUCGCACGGAAGGCGAGACAGGUGCUCUACAUCAUCAGCCAGCACGACCUCACCCACCCCGUCGACAGCCCCAGCCAAGCGGCCAUCGACAUCGCCAAGACACUCAAAUUCGACAACGCGCAUACCGCAUUCGACGACCAACAAGUGUGUGUCCGUAAUGCCCCUGGCUUCGUCCUCCCUGCCGACACGCCCUCACCCCGCCCCGCCAUCAUCGAGUACCUGCAGCCGUUGCCAACGGACACUGAGCUGCACAUUCGCAGCCCUGUUGGCGGUGCUGCGGGUCGACUGCUGACACAGAAGAUGCGCAGGAAGGUGAGCGUGAGCUUCACGAGAAGUGUGAGUCCAGAAGACAGAAGGGGCGUGUUAGAAGGCCUGGGGGAAGAGAGGCAGGUGAGCACCGUCCGUUUCGCGAUGGGGGGGCGUUCUUCGGUAAGUCUCACUGAGGGUGCAUUCGACGGCUGGCGAUCGAAUAGUUUCCCCUCAAUUGAGUGUAUAGUCAUGGACUUAGCAGGUACGCAGUGCAGUGCAGGGGAAGUGUUCGUCGGCUGGCUGGCUGGUUCAGGUCAUCUGUGCUUUCUUGUGUGUGCAUUGUUGCCGUGUGUUUGUCAUUCAGUGCCUCGCGAGUUGGAGGCCACUGCUGCUGUCGAGCUCAUCUGCGGCGGCAUCGAGUCUGUCGUCGGUGCGGUGGGAGGCCUGGAGGAGCUGACCAUGUUUGUGCGUGGCGCCGAAGCCGCUCGCACCGCCGUUCAGCGGCUGCUUCCCACCGGCACGGAUAUCGGCAACAAUUUCACUAUCGGCACUAUCUGGGAGGUACCAUCGACCAUUGUGCUCGCUGCAAUUCGUCGCUGUUAGAGAGUGAGCAGGGCAGUGAGCCUGGGAUGUGUGUGUCUUCCAGGCUGUUUGUAGAGCACACAGCCAGACAUCGCAGUACCAUCGCUGCGACAACAAAGCGUCGCUGCAGACACCUUUUUGCUUCCCUUGCAUGAUGCUGCGUUGUCUGUUGUGCAUAUUUAUCAACGAAGUGCUACCUACCUAUGUGCCUUCGUGCAGUGCGUGUGCUGUGGCAUGCGAAGGUCGGAUUUGGCAGCCGGCGUGUGUGUUUCUGGAUGCUUGCGAGUUUAUCCAUGGUGCACUCUGUCGUGUUGGUCGCGGUGCGGAGGUGGCAUGCACAUGGGAGGAUAGCUGGCAGUGAAUUAUGUAGUUGCUAGCGUGUGAUGCUGAUGGUGAAGUUGUCACCGACCUGUGUGCCGUCGUGUAUGAGUGCCGCUUUGAUUGGUGUUCUUUUCUUGUGCAACCAUUUAUAUGACGGUCUGCACGGAUGUGUCCACGAGUCACACACGUGAAAGAGGCACGAGAGAGCCAGCCAGUUAGUGAGUGCUUGAAACGGGGUGACUGUGCAGGCAGGCAGGUGACGCAUGGCAUGCAGACAUCCAUCGAACCUCUCCCUCCCGUUUGUGUGUACCUCAUCCUCGAACGUAUGUGUAUAUCG